GGAGGGGGUGGACGCCCUCAUUCCCUCCAGGGAGAGUCCCUGCUGGAGGAGGAGAGGGCCGGAGGGUGUGAGGAGCCUGGCCUGGGAUGCAGGGGCAGGUGUGAGGCGCUCCAGAUUGGCCGGUGUGUGGACCCAGCAAAGGUUCUGCGCGCGGAGCAGGGGAGAGUCAGCCGGGCGGGGGGAGCCGCCGUAGCCCAGUCCAGGGCGCUGGUGCACCAGCUCCCCAGCUGUUCAGGUAAGGAGAGACCGUGGACGUCUUAGAGGGGCGGCCCGCAGACUCCGCAGAGGAGGGUAUACCAGUAGGCCGGUUUGGUGAAGGGACAGGGGUACACCUGACUCGCAUGAGCAAGUGGGCGAAGAUUAACGUGAGUAGCUCUAAGUGGAUACUGAUGCCCAGUGACGGGUCAAAGCGCCUGCCUCUGUCUGAUUAUGAUGGAAAGUCUUAAGUAUCACGUUUUCUGAAAAGCUGAAAAAGAAAUCCCCAAUUUAAAAAUCCCAUCACUUCAUUUGCACCAAAACCAUUUGGGUAAAAAGCCAAUUCAAAGAUCUUUGAUCUGUGUUAAUGUGUGUGACCCAAACAGCAGCCCUGUUUAGGUGGGUACCACCACUGUCUGCUUUACCGGUGAGGACGUGGUGACACCGGUCUUUGUUCGCACAGCUGGGCGGAGGCGGCACUAAGGUCUUAGUAUCUGAGGUGAGACAUUCAGAAAUCGUGGGCGCGGAAGGGCAGGGCAGGGGUUACAGGAAUCGUUCGGUCGGUGGUGCCCCGUGUGGUGGCCUGCCGUCCUCAGCCCCCUCUUCCCUCUUACUGCCGGGUUGCUUUGAUUGAUGGUGCAAGCACUUAGGAUCUCUGCGUAGGCUUUCUCUGGCUGCACGGUGAAGAAGAUUGGGGUGAGGAAAGAAGACUGUUGAUGGCUGGACUAGAUUGGUGGUUCUGGAGAUUUUUUGUGGUUGCUGAACAUAGCAGGGGAAAGAACUCUGAGUGCCUGACUGAGAGGUCAUGACUCUAGCCAUGGCUGGAGGGACGUGGACAGGCCCUGGUUAUUGGUGCGCGGCGAAAGAUGAAGAGGUACCUUCUGAGCAGACCGUUUCUUUAGGAGUCUCCCAUGAUAGCAUUUCCAAGGCAGGUUCAUCAACCCAGAUGGCUCACCCUUGUGACAUUUGUGGCCCCAUCGUGAAAGACCUCUUACACCUGGAUGAACACCAGGAAAUAUGCCAACGACUGAAACCUUACACCUGUGGGGCAUGUGGGAGACAGUUCUUGUUCAGUGCAAACUUUCACCAGCAUCAGAAGCAGUACAGUGUAGAGAAACCUGUCAGAAGAGACAGAGGCAAGACCUCAUCUGGGAAGAACUGUAGGGUUUGUGAAGAACCUCACCUGUCGGGAAAGCCCUUUCUGUGUGAGGAGCAGUGGAGCCUCCAGGCCAGUCUGGGCAGUCACCAGCGACAGGCCACCCACAGCAAGAAGAAGAGGAGGACUGGGAGCGGGGAGGCCUCUCACGGCGGACAGAUGCAGUACAGCUGCAGCGAAUGCGGGAAGGCCUUCAACCGCAAAGACACGCUUGUCCAGCACCAGAGAAUCCACACCGGAGAAAGGCCCUACGAGUGCAGCGAAUGCGGGAAGGCCUUCAGCCGCAAAGCCACACUUAUCCAGCACCAGAGAAUCCACACCGGAGAAAGGCCUUACGAAUGCAAAGAAUGUGGGAAAGCCUUUAGCCGCAAAGACAAUCUUACUCAGCACAAAAGAAUUCACACUGGAGAAAUGCCUUACAAGUGUAGCGAGUGUGGAAAAUACUUUAGCCAUCACUCCAACCUCAUCGUACACCAGAGAGUUCACAAUGGAGCGAGGCCUUAUAAGUGUAACAACUGUGGGAAAGUCUUCAGACACAAAUCCACACUUGUUCAGCAUGAGAGCAUCCAUACUGGAGAAAAUCCUUACGUUUGCAGUGAUUGUGGGAAAUCCUUUGGCCACAAGUACACCCUCAUUAAACACCAGAGAAUUCACACUGAGGCAAGGCCUUUUGAGUGCAUCGACUGUGGGAAAUUCUUUAGUAGAAGCUCUGACUUUAUUGCACACCAGAGAGUUCACACAGGGGAAAGGCCAUUUGUGUGCAGCAAAUGUGGGAAAGAUUUCAUCAGAACAUCCCACCUUGUUAGGCACCAAAAAGUUCACACUGGAGAAAGGCCAUACGAGUGCAACGAAUGUGGGAAAGCCUAUAGUUUAAGCUCCCACCUCAUUCGGCACCAGAAGGUUCACACUGCAGGACGGCUUUAGGAGUGCUUUCAACACAACAGGACUUGUAUGGAGAGGGGCUUUGUGAUUGCCCUUGGAGAGGAAGACACCAGUCAGAUGUUGAACCUCAUGUAUCUGAACAUUAGCACUGGGGAGAGACCUUAAGAUGCCAGGUACAGGGACACUUUCAUGGGUUGCGUUGCACUUGCAGACCUGCUCAGGUUCCUUGCCAAAUUUGCCACCCAAUGUCUGUGGCAGAAACCAUCUCAGUUCUACCAGCUUCGUUUCUGUAUGUCCUCAGGGACACCUCCAGUCUCUGGAGGAAAUUAUGAGAAUCCUGAAUUGAAUGGGGUUCCUCAUUCCCUCCCCACUGACUGGUAAAGGUGUGGACCUCACCCAUCUUUAGCCAAGAGGACCUGAGCUGUGUUCUGGAGGCUUACAGAAGAGCUUUACUUUCUUCAUGGACAUUGUUGGCCUCAUGUGGUACAUGUGACACAUUUUUCUCCGAGUCACCCCACCUGGAGAACCACUUGUCUUCUGUUGCUCUGGUCUCUGUGAUAAUAAAGACAUUAUUUAAACCAUC